UAAAAACCCUAGUAGCACAGUUCCAAAAAUUGGCUAGCACAGUUUUUUUUUUCGUAGCACAGUCCUUAAAAUUGGCUAGCACAGUUUAUUAUUUCGUAGCAAAGUCCAAAAAAAUCAGCUAGCACAGAUUGACCUGCGAGACGCGAAAGUCGACCAAAACAAACGAACAAAACGACAAGUGCAAGUGUGACGAGGCAAUAUACACACGCACACACACACACAGUUUUCUUUUUAGUUUUUUUUUUUAUGUUAUGUAUUUGAAUGUAAAUAGCAGUGUUUGAAGCUACUACAGUAAAUGUUUAACUAAAGUGCAAGUUUGAUCAGUAUUUCCCCAUAACGUUUCAGUGUAUGGGUGUACAUCUGUUGUGUGUGUGUUUGUGCUUUCGUGUUAGUGUACUAUUGUAGGAGUUUAAUGGAGUGUGGGAGGGGAAACGCUGUAGUAACAAUUUAACGAAAUCUACAGUACAAUAUCUGAAAUUGGACGAGGCGUCAUCGGCAAACAGCAGAGAAUUAGAAGAGAAUUUAAUUACCUGAAGGAAAAACAAAAACGACAAAGGAAAUACUAAGAAGACGACGACAAGAAGAAAACUGUUGGACUCUGCAGUGGCGCUAGAAUGUCAAACCAGGCCGAUAUUGAUUAUGACAAACAAUUCCAGGAUGACAUGGCCAAGGCAACGGCUCUCAGUUUGGAGCAACAGGCGUUAGAUGAUUAUAGGCGACAUAAGAAAUAUGGUCCGGCGGCCUAUGGUUAUGGACAGCAGCAGCGUGGUGGUGGUACUCAUCUUACCCAGCGUAGGCAUUCUGAGAUCCAUCAGCAAUCGAUGGCAGCAUUGACAACGGAAGCUCGACCCAGUAGCAAUGUGGAAAGAUCGCGGACUCCGCCAGCCUCUCAGACACCAGAGAAUGAUUUGAUAAGCUUUGCCAGUCCAACUAGCAAACAUCCGGAGGGUGGAGGAACACCGUUUGGUAAACUAAUCGAGGAUUUGCAGCGUCUACAGACAACAAAUCCACAAACGGCUCUAGUCCCACUUGCUCCAGCACAAACACCUGGACCGCAUUAUGGUUUUGCUCCGCCUCCCUCCGCUAUGCCCUAUGGUGGAGCAGUUGCAGGUGCUGCCGGUGCUGGCAUGCAAUUGGUUCCCUAUCAACCCCAACAGCAGCAGCAGCAACGUCCAUUGAACAACGAGGAAUUGCAACGUCUCUACAGCCUGCCCAAUCAUAAUCAAUUGGCUGUGGUCCAACCAGUAGUUCAACCAACCGCCUACCUCUAUUAUCCUGGCGCUGUGCCCAUAGUGCCCGGCUCGGCUGCCUUUAUGCCGCCUCAGUAUGUUAGCCAUGGAUACGGUUAUGCUCAGCACCCGCCCGGCUCGGCUGCGGCACCUCCUGCAUCAAUUGCAUCCACCCAUAUGGAUUUCUCGCGUCCAAACCCACCUCCUUCACAUCCUCCAGCGACGAACAAUGGCUUGCCCAGCCAACCGAAGAUUCCAGAAGCAAAUGGCGUGUCCCUGCCGCCACGACGUGUAGCGUCUACCAGCGGCGGGCAGAUGUCAUCUACUGGGGUCGUCCAUCGUACUGGAAACGAUUUGAUUGACCUCAAUCAGGAGGACUAUUCCCGAGUCAGUGUUUUGGAGGCUUUUGAUCCUUUGCUGAAUGAGAAUACCGGAAAUGACAGUCGCCUUCAAACCGAUCUGCACAUCCUUGUUACUAUGCCUGAUUAG